CCCAAGGGGACUAUCUCCCAGCGGCAGGCCCUUCGAUAAAAUCAGGAACUUGCGCUGGCCCUGCAAUGUCAAGGGAGGGGGCUCCCCGAGGGCUCCUGUAGCUCAGGGGGCAGGCCCAAGCCCUGCGUCCACCCCACGGCCCGACCGUCCAGUCCCCCGACGGGGCACCCCGUCCCGAGGGGCUCCGCUCUGGCCCCCCCGGAGGCAGGGGACCCGACCCGCACAGAGCUCGGCUGGAUGUUACAGGCGUGCAAGAUGGAAGGGUUUCCCCUCGUCCCCCCUCCAUCAGAAGAGCUGGUUUCCUAUGACGCGGACCUGUACCAGCGGCCCCCACAUGAGUACUACCAGUACCUCAGCAGCGAUGGGGACAGCCACAGCGGUGAGUCGGGGCCGGCGGGGGACAGGAGAGCCACAGGGGCCUUCUUUGGAGUCCCAGAACCAGACCAUUACUGGGACUUCCACCCCCACCACGUGCACAGCGAGUUUGAGGCCUUCACCGAGAACCACUUCACCGAGCUGCAGAGCGUGCAGCCCCCGCAGCUGCAGCAGCUGUACCGCCACAUGGAGCUGGAGCAGAUGAAUGUCCUCGAAGCCCCCAUGGUGCCGCCCCAUGCUGGCCUCGGCCACCAGGUCUCCUACGUGACCCGGAUGUGCGUCCCAUACCCACCCCUGUCCCCAGCGCAGCCCAGCUCAGAUGAGGAGGAGGGCGAGAGGCACAGCCCCCCGCUGGAGGUUUCGGACGGUGAGGCCGAUGGCCUGGAGCCUGCGCCCAACCUCCUGCACGGGGAACCAGGCAGCAAGAAGAAGAUCCGCCUGUACCAGUUCCUGCUGGACCUGCUGCGCAGCGGCGACAUGAAGGACAGCAUCUGGUGGGUGGACAAGGACAAGGGCACCUUCCAGUUCUCUUCGAAGCACAAGGAGGCGCUGGCGCACCGCUGGGGCAUCCAGAAGGGCAACCGCAAGAAGAUGACCUACCAGAAGAUGGCGCGCGCGCUGCGCAACUACGGCAAGACGGGCGAGGUGCGCAAGGUGAAGAAGAAGCUCACCUACCAGUUCAGCGGCGAGGUGCUGGGCCGCGCGCCCGCGCCCGGCCGCCUGGCGCCGCGCUGAGCGCCGCCUCGCUGGACUCCGCCCGCCCGCUCUGUACAGCUCCCGCCGCCCCUGAGAGCGAAGCUCUUCUCAGCCGUGGCGGGCCGCCCCGUGCGCGCCCUGUGCGGCCACACCACCCUCCCUUCCGCCGUCCCCUGGUUUUUACCCGAAGCCGGACACCACAGGCCACAGGGGUCUGCCCGGUGCAGACGGGUCCUCCGGGUGAUUAGGGGGCUGGGUCCUAUGGAAAGGGCCACGGAGCGUGGUGGCGCACGCCUGUCCUCCCAGCACGCGGGAGGCUGAGGCAGGAGGAUUGCUGGGAGCUCCAGACCAGCCCCGGCUACACAGCGAGCUCCUGUCUCAGAAAACAAAAGUAUAAAAAAAUAAAAAAAGGCCCUCGGCACGCCUGA